AUGGGUCGCCCUCUUUACUCUAAAGCUUUCCAGACAGAACCUAUCAUCAGACAGCCAGAGGCUCCUUGUCCAUACGAAAAGUGGUCACAUAUCAACGCUUUCGAUCCAGACUCUGACGAGUUCUUCGAAAGCGACCAGGCAGUUUACGAGGCCUUCGUUGACCACAUGCCUGUAGAACACUCGGAAGAUGAAGAAGAGAUGGAGGAGGACAGAGAAGCUGUAGUUAUCAGACUAGACCUCACCGGCGAGGGCAGUCUUCUCGACCGUGACAGCCCAAUGGCUGUUGGCGGUGAUAGCCUAGCCCAGUACAUUGGUCAGGCCUACCGAAGGCAGACGGUAGAGGCGGAAGCUCCCGUCCGAAUCGACUCUUCGCGGGAUGUGAUGGCAUCAUUAGACCCACCUCCACAGCCAAUAUUUGCCACGCAGUCACACAAUAUCUUUAAUCACCGUCAUCAUGAACCAAGAGAUGAACUCCCUCUUCCGACCCCCAGUGCACCCAUCCCUGUUCCCGGCACAAACUCCUCUUCAUCCGGUGAAGGGCUAUCUCUCUCCUCGUUCUAUCACCACCAUAUAUCAUCAACACCGCCACGACGCCACACAUCCUUUUCUCGUUUUUCCCCGUCACCGCCUCCCACAGUCUCACCUCGUAUUUACACCUGGGCGCCUCGUCGCCAGACAUAUUCGCCAGCCGCCACAAGUCCUCUUCCUAACAAUAACGCACGCAUGUCUCAUACUCAUAUAUCCCCCGCACUCGUCCGUGUCCGUGACGUCAUGGCUUAA